GGGCUGGUUUUGCAUUUCGGUCCCUCUCCGCCCCCCUGCUCUUCUCUCCCAAGUUCGCCGCUCUGCUGCGGCCCCUUCGAGGCGGCUGGCUGCGGGCUGCCCCUGCCCCGCUCCCGGCGCUGCCCGCGGCGGGGCGGGCGGGGACAGCGGGGAGCCGAGGCAACCCAGGGAGGGGCCCGCCGCCCCCGGGGAGGCUCUUGCUCCGGGGAGCGGUGGGGGUAGGCGGCUGGCACAGGCGCCGGGCUCCGCCGCCCGCCCCCCCAGCCCCCCCCCCAGCACCGCCGCCGUCUGCCCAGCGCUGGCAGCCCCGGGAGAUGGUGACAUAUGAAGCGUGCGGGAAGGACCAUGGUUGAGAGGACCAGCAAGUUCUUGCUGAUCGUGGCCGUCUCGGUGUGCUUCAUGCUUAUCCUGUACCAGUACGUGGGGCCGGGGCUGAGCCUGGGUUCCCCCAGCGGCCGCUCCUACUCGGAGGAGCUGGACCUCUUUCCCACGCCGGACCCGCACUACGUGAAGAAGUACUACUUCCCCGUGCGGGAGCUGGAGCGGGAGCUCGCCUUCGACAUGAAGGGCGAGGACGUGAUCGUCUUCCUGCACAUCCAGAAGACCGGCGGCACCACCUUCGGCCGCCACCUGGUGCAAAACGUGCGGCUGGAGGUGCCCUGCGACUGCCGGCCCGGGCAGAAGAAGUGCACCUGCUACCGCCCCAACCGCCGGGAGACCUGGCUCUUCUCCCGCUUCUCCACGGGCUGGAGCUGCGGGCUGCACGCCGACUGGACCGAGCUCACCAACUGCGUGCCCGGAGUGCUGGACCGCCGGGAGAGCGCCGCCGCCAAGACGCCCAGAAAGUUUUACUACAUCACGCUGCUGAGAGACCCAGUGUCUCGGUACCUCAGCGAAUGGCGUCACGUCCAACGGGGAGCCACCUGGAAGACGUCCCUGCACAUGUGCGACGGCAGGACGCCGACCCCCGAAGAGCUGCCCUCGUGCUACGAAGGCACGGACUGGUCGGGCUGCACGCUGCAGGAGUUCAUGGACUGCCCGUACAACUUGGCCAACAACCGCCAGGUGAGGAUGUUGGCCGACUUGAGCUUAGUGGGCUGCUACAACAUGUCGUUCAUCCCGGAGAACAAGCGGGCACAGAUCCUGCUGGAGAGCGCUAAAAAGAACCUGAAAGACAUGGCCUUCUUCGGCCUGACCGAGUUCCAGAGAAAGACUCAGUACCUGUUUGAGAGGACUUUUAAUCUGAAGUUCAUCCGGCCCUUUAUGCAGUACAACAGCACCAGGGCAGGCGGCGUGGAGGUGGAUAACGACACCAUCCGGAGGAUCGAGGAGCUGAAUGACUUGGACAUGCAGCUCUAUGACUAUGCAAAGGACCUCUUCCAACAGCGCUACCAGUACAAACGGCAGCUGGAAAGGAUGGAGCAGAGGAUAAAGAAUCGGGAAGAGAGGCUUCUUCACCGGUCCAAUGAAGCGCUUCCCAAGGAAGAGACCGAAGAGCAAGGACGCUUGCCCACUGAGGACUACAUGAGCCAUAUUAUAGAGAAGUGGUAGCCUAGGCAGACUUUUAUAUUACUGGUAUUCUAGGGUUUCCAUAGAAAAGAUCAUGGAAGUAAAACCACGAAAACAACAGCAACGACAGCGACGACAAACAAGAGAUUUAUUUAAAAGUAAGUCUGUAAAACAGAAGGUAGAUUGCUUCCUUAAGCAGAGGGUCUUUUUACUGUUUCUUACAAGACCAAUGAGAUUCUUAAAAAAAAAGAUAAGAAAAGAAAAUAAAUACAUUAAAAAAAGAGUCAACAUUAUAAUGCAGAGGGAAACACUGCACCAGUGCAGUCAAUAGCGUACCCAAAAGAGUGUUCCUUAUCCUCACGGUUCAAACACGAGCGGCAGAAGUAGCAUCUCUCAAAUCUGUUUAUCCCCUGAGCAUAAUGAUAUAAAGAUACGUGAUUAAAACCCGAGGAGCCGAGUGUUUGUGGGUGUUUUGGGAGCUGGGAUGGGAAUUGCGUUGUCUGUAAGGAAAUGCUAUCGUUGAAGUGACUCGAGGCCAGGACGUGCGUCCCGUCAGGCUGCGGUGCCAGCACAACGGGGGUCCCUCCGUGUCAGCUGGCAGCCGCUGCCAGCAAGUGGAGCACCACCGAAGUAAAAGAAGAAGAAAGACAUCACAGGAUGAGAAAUGUUAAAGCAAAUUGACUGUGGCCUAGCAUAUAGUACUUAGCACAGUGGUUUGGAUGCAUUGCACUGGUAUCACGUAGACAUAUACAGCUUCAUCACAAAGAAAUAAUAGGGAACUCGAGCACGGAGCUCCCAGAUUGUGUCACAGGCAGGUCCCAAAACAAGUUUAAAGCCAGCUGAAUUCCACGUAGGCUCAAACGUGCACUCACAUGCCAUUCUGUCACCCUACACAGCUGCCACUCAUGCCUUUGUCAGUGUCAGAUGUUAACAGCCAGGAAGACCCUGUCCUACACACUGGGAAAAGGGAAGAAGUUACGUAGCAGUGCCCCCUCAUAGACCUGCAUGGCAAGUUCCAGGAAGACCCUGCAAGUAAUCGGUCAUUGAUGGGAACAUGAUGAGGGGGUGAUUUUGUUCUGUUUGUUGCUAUGUGAAAUACUGGAGUAGAACAAACACUCAGACCUACCCCUAGCUGUAUUUUUUCAGUCAUUUUCGCUUGCCCUUACCAGGAGAUAGUGGGCAUCAGCCUGUCUCCAGUGAAGUCACUAGAACUGAUUUAAGUGGGAACAGGAUGGGGCUGUGUUCCAGAGCUGUGAAAAUUUCAGACUGUGGGUCUGUGGGUCUGAAUUAGUGAUGAGACAGUGCACAUUGUCUCUUGGCAGAGUGCCUGUUCUGCAGCUCUUGCUUUAAAUGAACAGGCUGUGUUCAUAAGACUGGAAAGGGGAAUCAUGGAUAAUGUUUUUUUAGUCUCAGACCACUUUCAAAGCAGAACUCUUUUCAGUGCUGUUUUUUAGGGACUCGUGUAAGCUUAAUCCUCCAGUGUGGUGACAGUCCAACCAGGUUCUGCUUACUGACUUUUGAGUCAUAGAACAACAAUGACUUCUCUAAUUCCUCUUCCCACUCACCAAAUUAAAGUAUGGCUGAUUUUCUUGCUGUUGCAAGCACUUCUUUGUUUGGCUGGAAGCAUGGAAAUGAAGCAGUUUUUGCCUGUUUCAUGCCUCACCCCGUUAUUACUCAGCCUGUAAGACCUGAACCGCCUAUUGUUUAGGGUAAACUAUGAAGUAGAUGGAAUAUGAUUUGAUUUUCAAAGGCCACGGUAACUGCAGAUCAAAUACGGCAUUGAAAUCACCAGAGGAGAGGCAGAGAGCUGAUGCAUUCAGCUUUAGCACAUCGUUUUCAGUGUCCCUUUCCCAUCACAUGAAUCCUCUGAACUGCUUGGUUUGUGUUUUAGUUCAUGCUCUCUGCCUCUGCAGAGUUUCCAGCAGUUUCAGAUUCAGACUUGAGCCUUGCAAAGGAGAGGCUGCCUUAAGAGGAGCUGCCUCACUCCUCCUGCAUACGCUUUGGGGGGUAUUCUGCUCCAGAAGAAGAAAGAUGACUAAAAACUUCAGGACAGCUCCUUGGGCUCAGAUACAACCCUGAUGCCAAGUCCAGCGAAGUCAGAGGAUGUUUUUGCCUGCUGAGGGGUGCAGACGGGGCUGCACCCCGGUGCUGCAGAGUGCGCCGGCGCACGCUCACCGCCCCGCAAGCACGGCCGCAGGUUGUCGCCCAGGCGUCCGGCUGCUGCCGCUGUUUGGGGGUGGUGGUGGUGCAGUCUCUAAGGUUGUGUCUGUGCUUCUGCCACGAAAUAGCCCCUGUUCACACAGGUGUGGAGCUUGGCCCUCCUGGCUGGAAAGCGGGAAGCAAAGCAAAGCAGUUGUUGUUCUGUUGGCUUGGGGCAGAAGGGAUCACAAAGCCAUUUGCUCACCUCUGAAUUCCAAGCCUGGGAGGAGCUAUUCUGCCGGUUCCCAGCGCUGUUAUGAGUUGCUGUAACUAAAGAAAACAUUUGUCUCUAAAAAAUGCGAUUUUACAGGCUGUUUACCCACAAAACCAGUGCAUGAGAUAGAAAAAGCAGCUGCUUGACAUGCACAGCUUCCAGCUUCCCCCAAAGGCUUUGCGCUGCGUUGCGGAUCCACCACGCACAAGGGCUUGCUGCAGCUCAUCUGCUCUCAGCCACCAAAGGGUGACGUGGGCAGACGGGGCCAGGGGUGGCUGGGACCAGCAACGGAAUUUGGCCCAGUUUGCCCCAGUUGUUUCUGUGUUAUGGGCUCUUGAGUAACAAUUUGGCCCAGUUUGCCCCAGUUGUUUCUGUGUCAUGGGCUCUUGAGUAACCAGAUGGAUUUCAGUGGAUCUCCCUGCAGGUUCUCUAAGUCAGAGGCAGCCUCUGACCCUAGAAGCGUGUCAGCAAGACCUCGUUCCAACGUUUUGUUUGUAAUAUAUUACAGUAACAAGCAAAAGAAAUGAAACCAUUUUGAAAACUCAUCUUGAACAGUUUCACUUCAGCCCACAGAAGGAGAGCUGACCUCAGCUUAGCACUGAGGCAGGAAUCUCUAGCUUCAAACACCUCAGUUUCUCCACCUGAACACUGGGAAUAACAGAUUUGCACAGUCUAAAGAGUGUGAAAAGUACAGGGCACUUUGCAACAGAUUCUAAGUGUCUGCAGUGAAGAGAAUGACCCAAAAGCCAUCCCUCCCCCUGGCUGCUGUGCUGGUGUCCUCGCAGCUGCAGGCCAUGCAUUCAUCUCUAAGUGCUGUGUGCCAGAGCAUGGGUUGCAGGCUGUACCUGGCACCACCUUCCUUAGUGGGUUUAAGGGAACUUUUCUAACAUAAGGUGACUGUAGUUUUUUGUGAUUUCUAAGUACUACACUUUGAAGUGGUACAAGUUCUUUGAUUUUUAGGACUGAUCCUUUGAUGCUACAGUAACAUGAACAACUGUGUGUGUAGUUUUAAAAUGAGUGGACAACAGCUUUAAGGCACUCUGGCAGAAGUAGUGGCCAAAUAAUACAUUCUUGUUCAGUAUCUGCCCCGUUCUUCCAAAAUGGUUUAUUUUUCUGUGACUUCCAGAUGCACUGAGACCUUCUUCACUGCACGAAGCUUUUCUUCAGGGGGGCUAUCAAUGCAGGUCAGCAUAGGUAAGCACCAGGCACAGCAAGGGCAAGUGCAAGACUCUGAGCUGUCUCUUACUGGAGCUGGUGAGGCAGCUCCCUUUGAAUUCAGAUUUUACCUAGUUGGAUGCUUGUGCAUCCCACAGUGUCUCUGCCAGCGUUCCAGGGAUACCCUGUGAAAAGCCUUCACAAAGGCUGGGGCUGUGUGAGGUAUUUCUGAGGGUUUGUACAGCCAGCAGCAUUAGUGUAGAGUUAGUGUUUUGGACAGGCAGUUACCUGGUACAAGGCCAAAGAUGGCUCUUUGCCAUCUUACACCCUUGCACGUCUGCCAGUGAGGGUGAUGCUCUGAGUGGGCAUUUCCCAGCAGACUCCAUUCCUGCUUUGGGAUGGUGCAAAGGCCAGGACACUCUGCAGUGCCAAGAAGGAGAUCCUUUUUGCUUUUAGUCACCUGAACAGCAUUAACUUCACUGUCUGGUGGGUGGUGCUGCUGGAGAAAACUUUACAUUGCUGACUUCUUUCAUCCCAGCUAGCUCUGCUGAAGGAGUUCUCCUCCUCCCAGAGUUUUCCAGAGAUGCCACCUUGUACCCUUACCCAGGUCACAGAAUGCAGGACAGACUGGUAAGGUUUCAGACCCAAGCUGUCCCAGGCUUCAGUCAGCAACAAAAAAACCUCUCCACAACAGAUCAGUGUGAAUUCCUGGCUUGCCUCAGGGUCUUCCUUUGUGCCCAACAUUGUGGGGAGCACUUUGGGUUCAUGUUUUUGCACCCCAUAUUCCCUCACUUGCUUACAGAGCUGGGAUGAAAAUGGGAGCAGCAUAGAGAAGAUACCAUCAAGCUUUUGAAUCCUCUCUCCCAGAGCUGUCCUGGAGGAGCAGAAAGGGCAGCACAGUCGCUGAGAGGAUGAGGAAGGCAGAGGGACCACCACACUGGCAGUACAUGUGUCAGUUAGGAUGUUCUCACUCUGAGCCCAUCAAAUCACUGACACCUCUGAACAGCCCCAGAAGGUAAUGACAGAUACAUCAUUGACCAGAAGGUAGAGAACAGGGCCUGACCAAGGUUUAUAUCCUGAGGUUUAAAGUGUCUCUGCCUUCUUACUAGUGUUCAGAGGUACUCAGACCCCCACAGAAGAUUCCAACUGUCACAGAAAUGGGUGGUGCUACAGGGACUGGCAACACAGACCUAGGUUAAACGAUGUAUUUCCAGGGCUAUAGCUUGAAAUGCAACUCACACCAUCUGCUGAUUCAUAUCCAGGGCUGGCUGCGUUAUGUUUUCUCUUGUUCCCACUAAUAUUAGCAGAUCAUGUUCCAGUGGCAGAACUGAAUGCAGGACUCCCUGCCUGAUGAGCAGUAGAGCCCAGCCUUUAAAGCCCAGGUCAGGUGGCAGCAGGUCAGGUGCAGCAGCAAGCAGCAAAGCUCGUGUCUGCACACACAGUCCCAGCUCCUGUGGCUGUUUGUGUUGCCCAGCCUGCAGUUCUGCAGGGCGAACGCAGUCCUGGCGAGCACUUGGGCAUUAAAGCCUCUGUGGUCCCAGCUGCAGGUGGUUUUCUCUGUCAUUUUUUUAGCCAUGCAAGCUGUAAAAAACCCCCAAGAUUUGCAAAUUAGCCUGUCUCAUCUCUCAAAGCCCCAGCGUUCACCCUCCCUGUUCCCCCAGGUGUCGGUUCUGCAGACUGGGCUGAGAGAGUUUUCCUCUAAUGAGUAAUUUGAUAUUCAGAGGGUUUACUGAGCGUGGUUUGUUUUGUACAUAUUGAAAUAUGAGUUAACUUAUUUUUGUCGCCCCUUUUCAUCUUCUUUUUUUUCCAUAAAGAGAAGACAAAAGUCUCCACCCUCUCUCAAGGUGAAGUUCCUCGAUGUGUUUGUGUGUAGUCUGCCAUGCAAACACACCACAGCCACAGCCUUUCUCACCAUCCCUGCUGCUGGCUGAUUUUAUUCUUCCUUGUCAUGUGCUGUGGCUGAGGCUUUGUUUAGGUUGUCUCUCCUCUCUGCUGCACAGUCUGCACAGGGCAGGGAAAGGACAGUGCAGGCAGGACUUUCUUUUGUCUUCCUCUCCCUUUUCUUGUGUGCUUCACCCACCAAGGAACUCAGUUCUUAUCUUCUAGUUGUGUGACUGAGGGUAAAAAAAUGCAACCAUCCCCCCACUCCCCCCCACCUUCCAUCCUCCAUAUGUAGAUCAAGCAGAUUCAGCUUCUCUGACAGUGAUUGUGGCUGGAGUCAUUCCAUUGGGCUGAAUGUCUAUGGUUUGCACUUGGGGUUUUUUUUCCACUUUGGGAACUUAACAACAACAAAAAUGUAAGAGACAACUGUUUGACUUGAGCCAAGUAACACUUAAAGCUUUAUAUAUUUAUUUCUAGCAUCUUACAAAAGGAAGUGUUGAAAGGUUUUGCCUUUUCCUCCACGAGAAUAAUUGGAUUGAAAAGAAACAAAAAUCAUUUAAUUGUUUUUUGUCUAGAUCAAGAAUGAAUGUUAGCAGCUGAAAUAAACCCUAA